AUGGGACAUGCUUAUCUAUCUAUCUAUCUAUCUAUCUAUCUAUCUAUCUAUCUAUCUAUGUUUAUCUGUUCUGAUCUAUCUAUCUAUCUAUCUAUCUAUCUAUCUAUCUAUCUAUCUAUCUAUCUAUGUAUGUUUAUCUGUUCUGAUCUAUCUAUCUAUCUAUCUAUCUAUCUAUCUAUCUAUCUAUCUAUCUAUCUAUGUUUAUCUGUUCUGAUCUAUCUAUCUAUCUAUCUAUCUAUCUAUCUAUCUAUCUAUCUAUCUAUCUGCUUUUUUUUUUCUUUUUUGUUAUCUUCUUUUCUUUCAUCAUUAAAUCUUAAUUUUUCUUCUCCUUCUCAGCGAAAUUUCCUUCGCCUAUUUCAUUUCUCUUCCUCUUUUCCUUUCUCUCUUCAUUUCUUCUUCAGCUUCUUUUCUUUCAUCAUUAAAUCUUUUUUUCUUUCUUUUCUUCUCCUUCUCAGCGAAAUUUCCUUCGCCUAUUUCAUUUCUCUUCCUCUUUUCCUUUCUCUCUUCUUUUCUUCUUCAGGUUCCUGCACGGCUCAAAGAAACCUGCAAUGGCUAGAUUAG